CUCACUGUUGCUCGACAGAGAGGGACAAGAAUGACCCAAAACAAUCUUUGUGUGAUUUAUACUGGUGAUCUCAACUCUAACAAAGACAAUUAUAAACUAAGGAAAUUGACAGCUGAAAAGAUGAGAAGAGACCGUAUCAACAGCAGCAUCGAACAACUGAAGGGGUUGUUAGAAAAAGAGUUCAGCAAGCAGCAGCCCAAUUCCAGAUUAGAGAAAGCUGACGUCCUGGAAAUGACUGUGAACCUUCUGAGACAGCACCAACAAGGCCAGAGUAAAAGAUCCUUGCGGACCAGUUCCCACCAGGAUUUCAGAGAAGGCUAUUCCAGAUGUUUACAAGAGACAAUUGCAUUUGCCUCCGUCCGCAAACCCAGCAUAGAAGCCGAAAUUCAAGUGUUGAAUCACAUCCAGCAAGGCCAAGUUGCAGAUGUACCCCUACCUUCCCUUGAAUUUCCUUCAUCAUGUAAUUUGUAUCAAAAUCGACUAACACAGGACCCUACAAAUCCUCCCUCAUCUCCUUCAUGUCAAUACCUCCAUAAGAAGGACCGUUUCAAUAGCACCAAAGCAUUAUGGAGGCCCUGGUAAAGGUAAAGACACUGUCUAAUAAACAAUUCAGUUCUGAAACCAGAGGAAGAUAUGACUCCAUGAGAUUAUACACCUCCUCUUUAUGUAGGAAACUUGAAUUUCCCUAAAGGCUUACAUUUCUAAAAUGACUGCAGUACUUUGUAACUGUUUCCUUCAUAUUGAAGGCUAUCAAUGCUAGACUUUCCAUUGUGUGAUUCCUUAAACCACUUGUAUUACAGGUAACAUGGGAUAUAUACAAAUUAACCUUUAAGGACAU